AUGAACGCGCCAGACAGAUUCGAGCUCUUCCUCCUCGACGAAGGCCAAGAAAAAGUCGAGGAAAAGGCGGAAACCCGCGUCCCCAACACCGCCGUCUUCACCUUCAACAAAGAAGACCACACCCUCGGCAACCUCCUCUCGCAGCGCCUCCUCAAAAACCCCGCCAUCAUGUUCGCCGCCUACAAAGUGCCGCACCCGCUCUUCGCCACCUUUGAGCUGCGCGUCCAGACUGACGGAUCCAUUACCCCCAAGGAAGCAGUCAUGAAGACGUGCAGGGAGGUCAUUGCCGAUUUGAGCAAGUUGAAUGAUAGUUUUCAGACCGAGUGGAUUGGAAAGAGGAUUGUGAGUGAGGGUGAGGCGGAGAGGGCGAUGAGGGAGCAGAAUAAUUUCUAG